AUUAGCUGUGGUUUGUACCACAGGAGCCCUUCUGCACUGCGCUGGGCACUGCGUCACCAAAGUGCUGAAAUUUAGAUCAUAAAAGAGGAAGUGUUUUUGCAGAGCUAAUUGGAAGAAAGGAAGAUAAUGUGUUAAUAUUCACAGUGCUUAGAAGGCAAAGGGAGUGUUAAGUCUUACUCUCACUCAAGAUACAAAAGUACUAUCUGCCAUCUCCGAGCAGACUGUGAGUGAUAAAGAGCUCAGAGCAGCAGAGAUGGGAGCUGGAGACUCUCUGACCUUCUGGGGCCUGGCUGUGCUCGUCUUACCUGGGGUCAUGAGUCACAACUGGAAUGUUUCGUACGCAAAGAAGCCAGUCUGUGCUGUGAGAGGAUCUACUGUGGUCAUUCCCUGUGGGUAUGAUUAUCCAGAGGCUUACAAAGUGGAGACAAUCAUGUGGUGUCAUAAUGUUAGUGACUGUAUAGACAAACCAUAUGUCUGUCACAAUAACAAUAUAAAUGUCAGUAGUCAGUACAAAGGCAGAGCAGAGUGUUUGGGGGACAAAGAGAAUAACUGUACAUUACGGAUAAAGAACAUUACAGACGAUGAUGCUGGAGUGUAUAAAUUCAGGUUUAUAACCAGUAAUAACAAUGGAAAAUGGACUGGUCAGCCUGGAGUGACUCUAAAAGUCAAUGGUGGUGCAUGGGCUGUAGAUUAUGCAGAGAGAACCCUGUGUGCAGUGAGAGGAUUGACUGUGGUCAUUCACUGUCGAUUUAAUCAUCCAGAGUCAUACAGAGUGGAGUCGAUGAUGUGGAACCAUAAAACUGAGGACUGUGCUGGAAAAUCAUAUGUCUGGCAAAAUAAUAGUCAUAAAAUAAACAUUAGUACUGAGUACAGAGACAGAGCAAAGUUCUUGGGGAACACGGAGAACAACUGUACAUUAAUGAUAAAGAACAUUACAGAUGCUGAUGCCGGACUGUAUAGAUUCAGUUUCACAGCUGGUGGGUGUGAACUGUGCGCUCAGCCUGGGGUAGAACUGCAAGUCGGUGGUGGUGCACCGUCUGUAGAUUAUGCAGAGAGAACCCUGUGUGCAGUGAGAGGAUCGACUGUGGUCAUUCACUGUCGAUUUUAUCAUCCAGAGUCAUACAGAAUGGAGUCGAUGAUGUGGAGCCAUAAUACUGAGGACUGUGCUGGAAAAUCAAAUGUCUGGCACAAUAAUAGUCAUAAAAUAAACAUUACUACUGAGUACAGAGACAGAGCAGAGGUCUUGGGGAACACGGAGAACAACUGUACAUUAAUGAUAAAGAACAUUACAGAUGCUGAUGCCGGACUGUAUAGAUUCAGUUUCACAGCUGGUGAGUGUGAACUGUGCGCUCAGCCUGGAGUAGAACUGCGAGUUGGUGCUGAAAGUAACCCGAUGACAGUGAUACUGGUGUGUUUGGGGAUACUACUGCCUGUUUUAGCUGUAACAAUCUGCAUAAUGAGAUCGCAGAAGAUAUCGAGUAUGCAGACAUUAGAGAGUGUGGCUCUCAGACCGGCAGCCAGAGGCAGGAAGCCCCAUCUCAGGGGGAGGAAGUCUGCUAUGCUUCCGUGCAGUUUAACACCAACCCCCCAGGCAGGCAGUGUGAUGUCAGUAACGCGGAGAGCCCUGAUGAUGCAAUCUUGUACGCUGCAGUCCGAAAACCAGCCAUCUGCAGUUAAACCAGGAGUCUUCCUCACCUGCGAUUCCACUCCUCUGCUUCCUCCUGCUGGAUCCUCCCCCCCUCCACAAGGAUGCCUCGACAGGGACAGCAGUCUCUUCCAGAGCUGAUUCCAUAGAGCACACUGGAGCUGCAGUGACCAUACAGCACACUGGAGCUGCAGUGACCAUACAGCACACUGGAGCUGCAGUGACCAUACAGAACACUGGAGCUGCAGUGACCAUUGAGCACACUGGAGCUGCAAUUACCAUUGAGCACAUUGGAGCUGCAGUGACCACUGAGCACACUGGAGCUGCAGUGACCAUCAUAAUGCACACUGAAGCUGCAGUGACCAUCAUAAAGCACACUGAAGCUGCAGUGACCAUCAUAAAGCACACUGAAGCUGCAGUGACCAUCAUAAAGCACAAUGAAGCUGCAGUGACCAUCAUAAUGCACACUGACGCUGCAAUGACCAUCAUAAAGCACACUGAAGCUGCAGUGACCAUCAUAAAACACACUGAAGCUGCAGUGACCAUCAUAAAGCACACUGAAGCUGCAGUGACUAUAAGGCACUCUGGAGCGGCCCUUUGGUAGAGAGACACUCUCAGGGAACUGAGUCAGUUUGUCAGUUUGUGCCUGGUGCCCUUUUCUGGACAAAGAUUCAGUUUCAGAUGUUUCAGAAUCUUUAUUAUCAUUGUACAAAUACAAC